AUGAUUAUAGUCCGUUCUUCUGUCGCUAGGUCAAAAUUUCAUGGUCUCAUCUACUUCGCCUCAUCGUCUUUCCGUUUUUUCGCAAGCGGUGAACGAGUACACCAAAACGCUGCAGAAGGACAAGACUACAUAGCUGGACAAGCGGGAACACGAACAGCCUUCGACGAGAUGGUGAAAGAAGCGGAUUACUACCGUGCAGAUGUUAAGGCUAUCGCUGAAGCAUCCCCCUACUACAUCAUGAUCCUCGGCCUCCUCUUCGAGGGGAAAAAGAAGGCGUCAAGGAUAUGAACCUCCAGGAGGAUGCGACGCGGUACCUCUAAAGGUGGUGUGCGAAUUACGCACGAUCCCUAUGCACCAGGUAUGGUGGAGAAAUAUGGAGCGCCUGGCAAGACAGAUAAUGAAGGCUUCGACCCGUAUCGGGAUACAGUGGGCCCCGGAAUUUAUGGCGGUCGAGUGGAGCGAAGUCCGGAGACUGGUGCGGUCAUCGUCGGAAAGCAAUAUUUAAGGCAGGAGUAGACGAGAUUCACUUUGAACUAGGUAAAAUAGCAAUAAUUUUUGAGGCAGGAGUAGAACUUCAACCAAGUAUAUUUGUUGAAAAAAAUAUACCUAUACUAUAGCUCAUUGGUUGGAAUAAAGCUGUGUUAGAAACCUCUUCGCUCUCUGGUUUCACCACAGACAUGCUAAAAUAUAUGUGUCACCUUCUAAUCCAUCAAAACCACAACCCAAGACCGGGACCGGUGUAUGCCGGUGGGGGAUACACCCCUGUGAAUAUCGCGCUACGCGAGACAGGAGGCAAAGACCAGUACUUAUGGUGUCAAAUAAGAAGUUUUACUGUUUGAGGUGUUUUCUUCCACUUGCCAUUGCAAUCUUUUUACUUGUAUCUAUUUGUAACAAAAACCACAACUACGACGAUUGGAUGGAAUUAUUCCAUUGUGGUCCACAGCUACUCCAUUGUGGUCCACAGAAUCAGUUACUUCUCAUAAACGAUGUGAACUAUAAAUUAAGGGUUACCGAAUUGCAUCCUUCACUACCAUUCUUGACUUAUUUUCCAAUAGGAAAGAAGUCAAGGAUGAUCUGAAGAGUGUAAUUGCGCAACCCCUAAAUAAAGGUCUUUAGAAAAAAGACCUCCUGCUACUUGCUUCUGCUUGCCUUCCUCUUCCUCUAAUAGACGAGAAACCAGCCUUACGUGCUUUACUCGAGAAAUAUCCUGACUUGGCUGUGGACGAAAGUACGGGUGGCGCUCAGCCCCUCCACAUGGCAGGGAUGGGCAGAGGGAACGAUGAAGCGGUGCACACACUCUGCCGAUUUGGGGCAGAUGUAGAGGCCUUGGAUACAUAUGGAAUUUAUGAAGAUUGGUGGAGAAACUUCAUAAUGUUCAGAGUACUUAGUCAAAAUUAGUUCAGGAUGGGAGUCGGCACAACUUGUCAAUUCAUUCAGGAUACUGAUACUCUACUUGUCUCUAGGUAGCUAGUAGCAGUAGUACCAUUGACAUUGUUCUUGUGAAAAAUUUUGUUCCUAAAUAAAGUGAGAAGAGUAUAACCCUUCACUACGUAAAGUGCGUAGCUCUUAUUUGAUACUGUUUCAGAUAGUAGAUUCUGAUGUGAUUGCGAAAAACCAGCUCUAAUUCUUGACACCUCUUCACCGCAUGGCUUCGAAUAACUUGGCUGUUGGUGCUCGCAUGCUCUUAGAAGCUGGCGCGGAUCCGGAGAACGGUGGCCUGAUAGGUGCUGCACCUCGUGCCAUUGCCAAUGACAGUCGGGCAAAAGACGUCCUAAAAGUGUUGGAUGAAUACAAAAAGAAAGUUAAGGUCAGCUUUUUUCCAUCUUUGUUCUCAGCAUCUCGAGCAGUACCCGAUUCCCCUGUAUUUCAUGGAAAAGGGGCCGAGAUGAAGGGAGCGAGAUCAACAAGUAUGAGCUGACAGACUCUAAGUCUAAGGAAGGCAGCACCAAGAGUCUCCGGCGUGCAGACAUGGUACAGAGCUUAGUAGUCAAUUUUCCAAACGACAUGGCAGAUCCGGACUCGAAUAAGACUCUUGCUGGUCUUAAGGCAGGACUCAUAGGUAGUAAGUUGAUAGACUCGUCUAGUCAUAGGAACAAGAAACAUAAAGAGGGUAAGAAAUCUAUAGGACACCGGAUCAAGAACCUCUUCUAUCACGAGCGGAUGGGUUUAUAGCAUAUUACGGUUAGGGUUUGUUAUCGUCUAUGGAUUCAUAUCACAUUACCAUUAUGGUUCAGAUCACAUUAGGUCUGACGUAUUCGGGUUGGGUUAUGGAUUCAGAUCACAUUAGGUUUGUUGACGUAUUCAAAUAUUCGAUAAGAAAGUGACGUUCACGUUCUAAAAAUCCCACUGCCUCUACAAAAGAGUUUUCUGACUACCUCGUUGGUGUCUCCGGACGAUACGAGAGAACAGCAGCAACCAAGAUUCCACCAGGAUUUGGAUCUGUGUGCGAGCAGCAAGGCUGGGAUACUAAAUCGACUUGGAAGAAACUGAAUGUUAAGGCUAGGCUUGGAUCACUACCAUUCUUGUUCUUGGUGGAUUCUUCCACCAUUUUCAUAGACUCUGGUCAAGGGGAAGAUUCUAACCAGCAGGAAGGAAGGGAAUCCACUCAAGAUGAACCAGGGAUCACUUGUUUAAGAGUGAUACUUAGUGAUAUCCUUAUCCACACAACCUCUAAGAACAAGGGACGUGAUUGGUUUCGACAACCAGAGUCUGAAGCGUACGUUUACUUCAACUCGAUGGACCAGUGCUGGUGGCUCGACGCUCCAAAUGGUGCUGGGAUUUACAAUUAUGGCAUGUUUCUAUAUUUCAGCUUCCCCGAGAACAAGAACGCUGCUGUUUGCUAUUACUUUGUCAGUUUGUUCAUCUCAAUCUAUAUUACAUGGUUGCCGUUAACAAUCUCUGUUGAUUGCAGGAACAACCACAUUUCGAAAAGAUCUUGAGAAAUUUGAAGUAGAAGAAAGAGUCUGCUACCCCGUCUAAUAAUUAGUGAAGCGACAAUUCGAGUACGGGGUUCCGGCUCAAGGUUGGCGACCGCUGGUCAACGGCUUAGACAAGGUAAUCCGGUCACCGAUCGUCCUAUCUUUUGUGGAGCAGAAACCCUAG